CGCAAUCAGACCACACGCCUGCAGGAUGCACGGAGCCCUUUUCUUUCAUCAUAUCAGGCUGAGGCUAUUGAGAGGGGCAGCCUGAUUCAUAUAAUACUGCCAACUUGCCGCUCGGAAGGCUGGGAAAGCUGAAUCUAUUUCCUUCUUCUCUACAAUUGCCUUGCCUUGCUUUGACCUUCUCACUGUGUUGAACUGGACCUUGUUUGUUGAUCAAGAUGCGGCUGCAAUUGGGUUCGGCCUUUGCGGCCUGGCUCGCGCUCGGCGGCGAGGUUGUGGCCUCCAAAGAAGAGGCGAAAUCAAACGGAGUUAGAAACAUUGCAAUUAUUGGAGCUGGAGCUGCCGGGUCUUCGGCUGCGUACCACCUGCGACAAUAUGCAGAUGAAGCAGAUGUCAAAGUCAACAUCACCAUCUUUGAGAAAACGGGACGGAUUGGCGGCCGGACGCUGACCGUCAGUGCAUUUGAUGACCCGCUGCAGCCCAUUGAGCUUGGCGCUUCAAUUUUCGUGGCUGUUAAUUAUAUCAUGUAUAACGGUACUAAGAACUUCAACCUGUCCAUCGGCGCCAACUACCGCACGGCCAGUAGCCAGGACGAUAUCACUGCCAUUUGGGACGGCGACAGCUUCGUCUACGAGACCACGGAUGGCACGUCCUGGUGGUGGGAUGCGGGCAAGCUCUGGUGGCGGUACGGCAUGAGCCCGUACCGAGCUGUCAAUCUGGUCAAGGAAGUGGUUGGCAAGUUCCUCAAGUUGUAUGAGCCGCCAUAUUUCCCGUUUCGAUCGCUGACGGCCAGGGCGUACGAGCUGGAUCUGGUGAAGAUUACAGCUGUGACGGGGGAGCAAUUUCUCGCCCAGCAUAAGAUUGAUGAGUCGUUUUCGAGGCAUAUUAUUCAGGCGGCUACGAGGGUCAAUUAUGCCUCCAACCUGGCAUAUCUUCAUGGACUGGAAGCCAUGGUCUCGUUUGCUACAGAUGGCGCCAUGUCUGUGAAUGGUGGUAACUGGCGGAUUUUUGACCAAAUGGUCAAGACCAGCGGUGCUGCCAUUUACCAUGAUACCGCCGUCUCUUCCAUUGGCUUUGCCAAAGCCAAAACCUCAGCUUCAGCCCCCAGAUAUGAGAUUUCAACAAGAUCAGCCGAGGCCGAUCCAGAAGUUGUUGGUACAAUAUUCGAUGAUGUAAUCAUUGCCUCUCCUUGGCAGUUCAGCAACAUUGAAGCUGGCGAGGGCGUUAUCAAGCAUCAUAUUGAGGAAAUCCCCUACACCAAGCUCCACGUCACGCUAUUUGCCUCUCCAUUUAAACUACACCCAGACUUCUUCAAGCUCCCACCGGGAUCCAAGGCCCCAAGCAACGUCUACACGACUCUUGCCGAGGGUGAGGAGCCGAAAGAGGGCGCUGAAGGCGUUGGCAAGACAGGCUUCUACUCAGUCAGCACGCUCAGAACGGCAGUCAACCCAAAGACGAACAAGACCGAGUUUGUGUAUAAGAUAUUUUCGCCCAAGCCCGUGACCCCGCAGUUUCUGUCGGAUCUGCUUGGCGUUCAGGUGCCAGAGACGUUUACGGCUCCGACGGACGAGGACCGGGGCGGGGACAACCAGAACAGCGGUGUGGACCCGAUCUCGUGGUAUUACCCGCACUGGUUUUACUCCUACCCGAUUGAGCUUCCACGGGUGACAUUCCAGGAUCCUAUCCUGGGCAGCGGGCUCUACUACACAUCUGGCAUUGAGAGCUUCAUCUCAACAAUGGAGACGAGUGCCCUGAUGGGGAUGAAUGUGGCGAGGCUCAUUGUGGAUGAUGCAGCGGGCAUUUCUCGGGCCGCAGUUCCCGGCUCUGUGAGCGAGGAGGACUUGGGGAUGCACGAGGUCAAGGUAGACUUGGUUGUUGAGGAGCCCGGUGAGCUGUAGUUGGGGAGGGGGGAUUGGAGAGACUGAUUAGAGAGUUAGAGGGGAUAAAUGGUGGCUUUGGACGACUUUACAUCGGCUUGGAUGAGGUUGGGUUUUAUUGAGCAAGCGGCACAUUCCUUGAUAGUUUCUGCUAUUUGAUGGAGGAGGUUUGGAAUGAGAAUAAUUCACUCAUUGUUUCUAUGUUGUAACAACUGAUCCAUGGAUACAACAAAACUCAUGCAUUCCACCACACUUGUGCUCUAGUUAAGAGAUGGCGUAAUCACAUAAUGAUAUGCACCGUUCAAAUACAUCUAAAGCCGUCGAAUACCGGC